GUGUGCUUGACUCUCCGACCCCGUCUUCUAUGCAGGAACCUAGUUUCUCAUCUCGGGCGUUUGUCUCCGGAGCUUGGAAUGUUCCCAGAACUCAAUAACCUUCUCAACACCACCCCUGACAGAGUGGAGCAGGGGAAACUAACUGUUCUCUGUGAUGCCAAGACAGAUGGCAGUUUCCUUGUGCACCACUUUCUCUCCUUCUACCUCAAAGCUAAUUGUAAAGUCUGCUUUGUGGCAUUCAUCCAGUCCUUUAGUCACUACAAUAUCGUGGGACAGAAGCUGGGUGUCAGCCUGACCGUGGCACGGGAACGUGGGCAGCUCGUGUUCCUGGAGGGUCUCAAGUCCUCUGUGGAUAUCUUCUUCCAGACUCAGGAGGAACCACACCCCCUGCAGUUUCUCAGGGAGGCCAGUGCUGGGAGCCUACAACCGCUGUAUGAGUUUGUACGGGAGGCUCUGAAGCCCGUGGACCAUGGGGAGGCUACAUGGAGGUGCCCGGUGCUUCUGGUGGACGACCUCAGUGUGCUGCUGAGCUUGGGCUUGGGAGCUGUGGCCGUGCUGGACUUCAUCCACUACUGCAGAGCUACUGUAUGCUGGGAACUAAAGGGAAAUGUGGUGGCCCUUGUGCACGACAGGGGAGAUGCUGAGGAUGAGGAGAAUGACAUCCUGCUGAAUGGCCUCAGCCAUCAGAGCCACCUGAUCCUGCGGGCUGAAGGCCUAGCCACAGGCUUCUGCAAGGAUGUGCAUGGGCAGCUGAGGAUCCUGUGGAGGAGACCAUCUCAGCCCACAGCCCAGCGGGAUCGGAGCCUCACUUACCAGUACAAGAUACAAGACAAGACUGUGUCCUUUUUUGCCAAAGGAAUGUCUCCUGCUGUUCUGUGACUUGAUUUGGGGGCUACUUUGGAUAGUUUUUGGAUGUGGAAGAUAAAGCAGCCUAGCAGGAAUGGCUUUAUGUCUCUAUAGCAGUAUUUCAGGCUGGACUGGCAGCUCCUCUGUGAGCAGGGAAAGUUGAAUGGUGGUGCGAGGUGUGUAUACCUUUGUUCCCCUGAGCCCUGUUCAAAAAACACAGUGAGGAAUCCAUACCAUGCCUCUGCUGAGAGAGGCAGGAUGGUAAAUCCCAGUGAAGGGGUUCUUUGCAGCCUUCCACGUAAAUAUGCUUUAGGCCCAUCUGCCCAUCUUUGGUUGGUGUGCCUUUCAGAGUGGGUAGAAUGUAUUAGCCAGGACAUUGUCCUAGAUGGCAGGCAGCCAGGAUAACAACUAGGAUAAUGGUGACUGGAAUAAACUGCAUUCCCACAUUGGGCAUCUUGUGGGUUGUCUGUAGGGUUUCAUCUCCAUCCCUUGAAGUCCAGUGAGAAAAUGGCUUGAAGAGGGUUGCAGCACAUUUAAGGAUUAGAGAAGGCUGUAGGUAAUGGGGCCUGGCUCCAAAGUCUACCUUGCUGACCCACAGUCAUAGAGACCAGAGGCAGGCAUCCCACCCAAAGGUGUGAGCCUUCUACUUUUGUUUCUGCAGUGCCUGGCCUAUACAUCAGUCAUAGUCAUCAGGUACCAGGGCUUUGGUCACAUGAGGUCCUGUGGAGGGACCCACAGGAUGAGGCCUUGGUAAGGAACUGCUGCUUCUCUCUCCUUCAAGGAAUGCUAAUAAAGGGGGAGUCCUUGGCCUUGUGUUCUUUGAUGACAAAUGGACCCACUUAACCCUAGUGAAGGUCACCUCAGCAAACACACCAAGGGUAUCCUUUUACAAUGGAUGCAUUGUUUUUUGCUGAUAAAUUAUGACCACAAAGACUUUUAUCUUAAAAACAAAUGAAGGGCUAGAGGCGUGGCUCCAGUAGUAGAGUGCUUGGUUUAGCAAAUGCAAGACCCAGAGUUUGAA